AUGACUGCGUCCAGUCUCGGCAACGGACCAGAAAAGAACUUCAGCGCCAAAGAGGAGCGCAAGCUUCGAAAGCCACUUAUAGAGAAGAGACGCAGGGAGCGCAUUAACUCAAGUCUGGAGCAACUCAAGGGGAUUAUGGUGGAUGCCUAUAAUUUGGAUCAAUCAAAACUGGAGAAGGCAGAUGUUCUUGAAAUUACUGUGCAACACAUGGAGGGCCUUCAGAGGGGUCUUGGACCAGCAGGUAGUCAAGGCCCCAACCUGGCCUUUGAAUCACGCCAGCGUUACAGUAGUGGUUAUAUCCAGUGCAUGCAUGAGGUGCAUAAUUUGCUCCUUAGUUGCCCUGGUAUGGACAAAUCACUGGGUGCCGGUCUUCUAAAUCACCUUCUGAAGGCUCUGCCCCAAAUCAGUGGAGAGAGCGGUGCCACAGGAAGUGCUGGAACUGCUGCCACCACCAACCCUCUUACUACCUCUCCAACACAGUCCCCCUCCAACAUCAGCCUUUCCUCUUUUCAGCCCUCUCUUCACCUACACACUCCCUCAUCGCCUGUAAGCCCUUCAUCCCCCAGCAGCCCCCACUGCUCGCCUAGAGUCCUCAUGGCCAGAGAAGAGGCUGGUGUCCGGCCCUCCCCACCCAGAUCACCAUCCCCUCAGCCUCUGGCCCCCUCUGCCCUUCCCCCUAACUUCCCAGGGGGUGACCUUUCUAUGUGGAGGCCAUGGUGA